CAUGAAUCAGUGGCAGCUGUUUUUUUGUUUUUAAAGUUUAAUAGUUCAUUCCACUUGAUCUCCUGUCGUGACAUCAUUUGUGUUGAAUCAGAGGAGUGUUCAAAUUCUCCUAGGUGUGUUUGCAGCAGACUGUUGCUGAGACCCUGCAGGAUAAGGUUUAUCAAACUUGGCAGUUGGCGUUUAAAAAGUUAAAUCUUCUUUUCCUGUCGACACGUGAUCAACAUCGGAACAAAAGCUUUUUCUUCUCAUUGUCAGUUGCUUUGUUCUUUUGAACAAAGCCAAAAAUCGCAGCAAUGGCUGUUUACAGACAGGUGGACCUCGACUCUUUGAUGAAAGCGUCAAGAGGCAAUCCUGAAGUGCUGACCAUCGAGGCGACCGUUAUCACAGGUUUUGAGUUCCUUGCAGUAGACGAGUGCAAGGAAAAGUGCGACCCCCUGGCUGUCUGCAAGGCGACAAAGGGCAGGAUUUAUUUUAACGUCUCCCUGGACAAUUUCCACAAGGUAUUCUCUCUUAAAUCAAUUGACAACCUUUUCCUUGUUGGUGAAUACAUAGAUAAUAUAGGCUUCCAAGGAAACAAAGAAAAAGAUUUGGAAACAAUAAAAUCACUUGUAAACGUGGUUGACUGGACUGGAUUUAUCACUACAUGGAGUAAAUUGGUCUCGUAUAAGGGUAUACUUUUCCCUAGCAAAAAUGCAAAAACCGAAGUUAAGCCAGAGUCAUCUGAGAGUUCUGAAAGCUCUUCAGAGACGCGCAGAGAAGUCCAAAGCAGUGAUUCGAGUGUUGAAUCAAAAGAGAAGGACGAAAGCAAUUCUUCAAUUUUGAACAAUGAUCUGAAAGAUUUCCCUGUCAUUUCGGGAAAUGAAUUGCAUACUCUAAUGAAUGAAAUUGAUAGCCUACUCGAGGCAGAUAUUAAAUGCGAUGAUACAGAUUUUACUGUCCUUACCGCAUUGGGUCAUAGCGAAUUUCACGUUGAUGAUAUAGAUUUCACUUCAGUUAACAAAAAACUUGAGAAUUUGAUCAAUCCAGGUACCAUUUGCGAAAACUUCUGCGAAUCCUUGCUUGAUAAAACGGUUCCGCAAAUAACCAGCAAAUAUUUGAUGGGCGACUUGGCUGAAUCCAACGAAAAUUCUUUACGAAGUGAUUCUGAAUUAAUGAGACUUUAUGAUGAAAAUGUACUUAAGGAUGAAAAAGGUGGCGACACUAAAUUCUAUGAUGAUGUCCAUUCAAAUAAACAUGAUCUAUCAGCUCUUGAGGAUACGACCAAUUCUAGCGAUUACAAAAAAGAUUACAAGAAAGGCAAAGAUAAAAAGAAAAAAGAUCGAAGUGGAAAAAAGAAAUCUAGGAAGGAUCAAGAAGAGCGAAAAAAGCAAGUAGGACCAGGGCCAAAGCCAUAUGUGGAUGAUGGAAUUCUCAAGUAUCGAGUGACUUGUUAUCGAGCAGGGACACAGCACAGCUUUUCUUCUAUGGAAGCUGCUGCUGAGUUUGGAGGUCGAUUGCAAGACACUUUUAAUUGGACAGUGGACUUGACCAGGUUUGACCUUAACAUCUUCCUUGUAAUUGAGCAAAAUAGCAGUUAUAUCACAAGUGCCUUGACAAAAGAAUCAUUUCAUAGAAGGAACAUUACACAUUUUGGAAGAACAUCAUUAAGAGCUACUAUGUGCUAUAACCUCAUGCGUCUUGCCGAUCCGGCAGCAGGAGAAAUUAUUGUAGAUCCACUUUGCGGAGGAGGCUCUAUUCCAAUAGAGGGAGCUUUAAGCUUUCCAGGCACUUUUCAAAUAGGAGGAGAUAAAGAUGACAAAGCGAUAAAUAGGACUUCAGCAAACAUCACACACCUUACUAAAGAGAAAGGUCUCCCUAUAGAUGCGUUUAAAUGGGAUGCAUUAAACAUCCCGUUUAGAGAUCAAACUGUAGACGUGUUUGUGACAGAUUUGCCUUUUGGAAAAAGAAGCGGCCUGAAGAAAGACAAUUUUGCUCUCUAUGAAAAUCUGCUCAAAAAAUUGGCCAGGGUUGUCAAAAUGGGCACAGGCAGGGCUUCACUUCUCACUUACGACAGGAAGGCUCUCACACAGGCUAUUUGGAUGUGCAAGUACUGGAAGCAGACUAGGACAUUCAGUGUUAACCAUGGUGGUCUUAAUUCAUCAGUUUUCUUGCUUACAAGAACAUUAGAGGCUGUAGAAUAAUUUAUAUAUAUUAUCCUUAGGAUUAUGCAUUAUUUAUUUGUUGUUGUUUUUUUACGUUGAGUUUCAACAGUGGUGGUGUUCUGUUAAUUUAUUUUGUGCAUUAAAAGUAAGCAGUUUUAUUUUAAUUAUUUAAA